ACCAUAAGUUUUAACAGUUUCUCUCUGAAACUAGAGGCCAUGGAAGCCCAGACACAGUUUCAUCUCCGUCAUCAAAUUCAAGCCAUCACCACUCGCCAUCUCCGAAGCCAUACUACUAGACCUUCACUUUAUUCAACGUUAUCUUGUCACUAUUCCUGGCCAGCUCAGUCUUUUCAAAAUGAAAUUACAUUUACAGGUUUAUCGGCAAGAUUGAGAUUGCCGGAAUCUGUAGCUCUGGUUGCAUCAUCGAAGCGAGAAGUGGAAUCAGGACUUGUCACAGAAACAGGAGCUGAAGAAGAAGAAGCUGAAAUUAACUCAGAGGAAUGGGAGAAGUUAGGAUAUGAGGUUUAUGAGGAAGGGAGAGGGGAUAAGAGAUGUGGGGAGAAGAAAGGAAUAGUGGAAGUAAUGGAGUGCUUGGAAGAAGAAGCAAUCCUUGGGAGUGACCAGGGGAGAGAGCCCACCGAUUACAAUCGCAGGGCACGUAUCUUCGACAAGAGCUCUCGGGUCUUCCAGGCUCUCAAGCAACGCAGCAACGCUUUCUAGUCCCUAAA